UUAGAGCUCACAUCGACAAGCUCAUGGGUUGUUACCAGAAGCUUAAAGGGAUGGGAUUGGAUCUUGGUGAGGAUUACAUGGUGUGGUUUGUAAUGGAAACCAUUCCUUCUCAAUUUGAUUCGAUCAGAUCAAGCUACAAUGCUCAAAAGGAGCAGUGGACCAUUGAGGAGAUGACUGCUAUUCUUGCCAAAGAAGAAGAGGACAUGAAAAAGGGGAGAGCAAGAAGUAUCUCCAUGGUGACCAAUCCAAACAAUUCUCACAAGAGAAAGUUCACUCCCAACAACUCUAGUGACCAAAGGUUUCAUAAGAAGAGAGCCACCAAUCCUAAGGGAAAUGGACAAGCAAGCUCUUCUUCAACUGGUCAUAAGAAUGAGUUCUUCAAAGGAAAGUGCAACUUUUGUCAAUGCUUCGGGCAUAAGAAAGCUGAUUGCCGAAAGCUCAAAGCUCACUUAGAGAAGAAAGGCAGUGACAAGUCGAAGAAGGCCGAGUAGGUUGGAGGAGUAUGUAUACAUGGGAGACGAUACUAAAGUCAGAGUUGAAUUUUUUGGGACUGUUAAUCUGCAGCUGAAUACUGGGCAUUUUUUGGAGUUGCAUGAUGUUGCUUAUUUACCCUCUAUUAGGAGGAAUUUGAUCUCUGUAUCUAUUUUGGAUAGACUAGGUUAUAGUCUUCA